CGUUUUUUGAUGGAGCCACCGCUGAGCCUGCCUGGCGAGCUUCGAAGCCAAUUGACUGGAAGAGCGGCGAUGGCGGAUCGAUCCGGUGCGUGAACGACGAUGCGGCCGCCUAUACCAGGGCUUCGACCCAGUCUUCUAGACAAUGUGUGCUGGCAAUGCACGCGACGGGUUCUGCGGCAAUCUGCACCACGAACGACUACGCGGCCGCGACUGUCGCUGUCUGCGCCGUCUACGACUGUUACAACUGCAAGACGGCUCUUCUCCCAGCCCUCGCUCCCCAGCGCCUCAGCCUCAGCCGUAGCCUCGACCUCGACCUCCAUACCAGCCUCGUUCCCCCGGAAGCAGUUCAGCGCCGGCUACUUUCUCUCAAACAGUCUCCUCACGCGUGCCAAUGGCACCCGGGAUGCCAGGCCAACCCCUAACAGCCUAGGCCGGCCACCAACUACCAGUGUCGAGCAGCAGCACACCGGUGCUACUUCAGCUGCCCCAGUAUCGGCCGCCGCCGCCACCGCCGAAGCCGUGGACAUCCUUCCGCACCGCCGGCGGCAGGCUGCAAGACAAAAUGCCGCCAAUCUAGAGCCUACAAUAACGAGCAGCGUGGGGCCGACAACAACACUCCCCAGCGACUCAACGGCCUCCCUCCCCCCCGAUGCCUCCUCCAUCCUCGCUAGCGUCGCCGCUCGACACCCUGCCCACUCCUUCCGGCGGCACCUCUCGGCCCUGCUCUCGCUCUCCAAGCCGCGCCUCACCGUCCUCGUCGUCCUGUCGGCCAUGGUGCCCUACGCUCUCUACCCAGUCCCGGCCUUCCUCUCGCCCUCGGCCCUCGACGCGCCGUCUCUCUCGCCGCUGACGCUGCUGUUCCUCACGACGGGCACCACGCUCUGCUCCGCCGCGGCCAACGCGCUCAAUAUGCUCUACGAGCCCGACACCGACUCUAAGAUGAGCCGCACGCGCGCGCGGCCGCUGGUGCGCAAGCUGCUGACGACGCGCGCCGCCGUGCUGUUCUCCAUCGGCUGCGGGCUCGCCGGCACGGCGGCGCUGUUCCUGGGCGUCAACCCGACUGUGGCAUUCCUGGGCGCGCUCAACAUCGCGCUGUACGCGGGCGUGUACACGCCGCUCAAGCGCGUGUCGGCCGCCAACACGUGGGUCGGCGCCGUGGUCGGCGGCAUCCCGCCGCUGAUGGGCUGGGCGGCGGCGGCCGGCGAGAGCGCCGUGGCCGACGGCACGUGGCGCGAGCUGCUGUUCGCCGCCGACGGGUCCAGCACCGGUGGCUGGCUGUUCGCUGCCGUGCUGUUCGCCUGGCAGUUCCCCCACUUCAUGCCGCUGUCGUGGGGCAUCCGGGACGAGUACAAGGCCGCCGGCCUGCGCAUGCUGGCCUGGACCAACCCCGCGCGCAACGGCCGCGUCGCCCUGCGCUACAGCCUGGUGUUCGUCCCGCUCUGCGCCGCCCUCUGCGCCGCCGGCAUCACCGAGUGGUCCUUCGCCGCCACCAGCCUGCCCGUCAACCUGUGGCUCGUCCGCGAGGCCGUCCGCUUCUGGCGCCUCGAGGGCCUCGCCGGCAGCGCCCGCAGCCUCUUCUGGGCCAGCGUCUGGCACCUGCCCGUCGUCAUGGUCCUCGCCCUCGCCCAGAAGAAGGGCAUGUGGGCCCGCGUCUGGAGGAGCGUGGCCGGCCAGCCCCUCGAAGAGGAUGGUGACGAGGACGGCGAGUGGGAGGACGAUGAUGGCCCUGCCGUCGCUCCGCCCGUGGGCCGUGGGAAAGGCCUGUAGCAAGAUUGUGUAGGCAGAGGUAACACGAGUGUCACUCGCAAGGCUUUUUUUUUUUUGGGGGGG